AUGGCCCGUGGAAACGAAACCGCCAACAAGAUCUUCUACAAGGGUAGCUCCGAUGACUUCAUUGUCUUUGUCGAUGACCUUGAGACCCUCAAGAAGUGGAAGAGCGACCGUAGUGUUCCCCUCACUGAAGUUUUGAACGGCUGGAAGAUCUUCGUCACUCACUCCCACGGAGCUCAGGGUGUCCUUGAUACCGCUAGCCAGAGCGCUCUGCAGAACGAAUUCGGUACAACUAAAGAUGAUGAGUGCAUGGUCAAGAUCCUGGAAGGCGGCGAAUACCAGGCCACCACGGCACGCGAGCGUGAGGGAGGCAAGAAUGACUCCAACGGCAGCCGCUAAAUUUGUCCUAUACCCCUCUCGGGGCCAAUGGGG